AUGCAAGCAACCAGCUUUUCAUCCGCCACGCUUCCACUUGGGCCGGUUUGGUUAUCAUCAUCAUCAUCAGCUUCCAGGAGAAAACCUGUGAUCAAUGCAAGCGGAGGAAGACAUCAACAUCGACGCCGAGAUUAUGGGGGAAGGCUUGUGGACGAGAACAUGAUCUCGCUACGAAUGCGCCUUAGGGAGUUGAAGAUGCUAGAGACGAGCCAGGAACCACCUGCGAGCUGGAUGGAGUGGGAGAAGAAAUACUAUACACAUUACGACGAGGAUGUUUGUGAGGCGGUAGGGCUUUUGCAAUCUUAUUUGAUGAGUGUUAGACCAAGUUUCGCUUUAGGGAUGGCCGCACUUGUUAUGUUGAGCGUGCCUAUCUCUGCUGGUGUGGUCUUGUUUCAAGCCAUAGACAUGGCUAAGGCAAUCUUAGCUUAA